GCUUCACCUCAAGUGCUAGAAACCAACCACAAGGUCCAGAGAGAGUUUCCUAUGGGACAGGUGAAUGUCUAGUCUGCCACGAUCCAGCACAUCGCGUUAAACACUGCGAUAGCUUUAAACGCAUGAGCCUUGAAGCACGACAAGCUACCGUGAGGAAAUUCAAACUGUGCUAUGUAUGUUUGGGAAUGCAUGCGUCCAAUCUAUGCAGAUCCAGAUACGUCUGCCAAGUUUCGGGUUGUCGAGAACGACACCACACGCUACUUCACGAGGGUCCACCAGAUUCCACACCCACGUAUACAACGGCACAGUAACCGUCGAAACCUUGGCGUUCCUGGAUGAAGGAUCGUCUCUCACACUGGUGGAAGCAGCGUUAGCGGAACAACUUGGGCUGAAAGGGGAUCCGGAUCCGCUAGAGCUUCAUUGGACUUCCGACGUCAAAAGGAAUGAAGCUACUUCUCGUCGCGUCAGUCUGCAGAUCUCGGCAAAAGGGGGUGAGCGGCGCUAUUCAAUAGCGGCCGCUCACACUAUCAACAAGCUAAGUCUUCCACCACAAAACCCAAAUUUAAAACAUCUGAUAAGAAACCUUUAUACUUGCAGGACAUUCCACUUCUCACCGUCGACCACCCCGUUCCACAAGUGCUCAUCGGGUUAGCAGACGUAGAAUUGCUAAAACCGCUGGAAACACGUUCGGGGCAGCCUGGAGAGCCGAUCGCCGUUCGCAGUGCGCUAGGGUGGGCCAUUUAUGGAACGAUAAAUGCAAGUAAUAAGGAGAGAUGUCAAAGCGCUCAUUAUCACAACACCCAUCUGAUUGAGGAUAGCCACCGAUCCUCCAGCAACAAAGAAAACAAUGAUCAAGAACUGAACGAGACCAUGCGGCAGUACUUUGCGUUAGAGGAAAGUGCUGUGUGUUCCUUUAACAAGUUCCUGUCAGAACCUGAAGAUGUGCGUAGGGCAAAAAUAAUAUUAGAAACCACUACAACUAAGUGCAAUGGCCGUUACACUACGGGCUUGUUGUGGAAAAGCGAUGAUUUCCGUUUUCCAGACAGUAAACCGAUGGCGAUGGCAAGGCUUCGAUCCCUCGAGAGAAAGUUAGAAAAGGACCCAGACCUGAAAGAAAACGUACAUAAUCAGAUACGAUUGUAUGUUGAAAAGGGUUUCGCACAUAGGGCAGAGGAGUCUGAGUUGAACUCGGUCGAACAAAAAAGGGUCUGGUACUUACCGCUCAAUGUAGUUGGGCAUCCCCGAAAACCAGAUAAAAAGCGUUUAGUGUGGGAUGCAGCAGCCAAAGUAAGAGGAGUAUCGUUGAACUCGGAGCUGUUGAAAGGGCCCGACCUGUUAGUGCAGCUGCCCACCGUUCUUUGCAAAU